UAAAAAAAGGCUGUUAUAUUAAAAGAAGAGCAUAAUUGAAAAUAUACACCUUUGAUUAUAUUAUCGCUGUUAUCGAUAAAAAAGGCAAAUGUCAAGAUAAGAAUCACGUGACUUCCCAUGUUUGCGCGAAUGAGGUCACACGACAGGAGACACCUGCGCGUGCGUAAAUGACAUCGUCGUCACGUGACUGCGACAUGACAGGCUCGUAUCCGCGAAUGCGAUAUAAUACUUCUAAAAGGUCGUAUAAAUUGAAUCAUAUAAGUAUAUUGUUUAGCAUUUUUUUUCUGUUGUUAUUAAUGUUAACAAGUCGGCUACAGACUCGACAAAUGUGAGUGAACCUAUUGUUCUGAUUUAAUGAAAAUUUAUACAUAUCAAUUUCUUUCAAUAUUCUCCAUUAUUUAUUUCUUGUCGCAACAAAUUCUAUAUGCGCUACUGAAGUCAGCUGAUAACAGAUAUACACAACUGACAACGCAUGGUUUGCCACGGGGGAGUGGUUAAUUUGAUAAGGGAAGCCAGAGUUAUUUAUGCCUAGUAACGAUUCCGCACAAUGGAGCCCGGUACAAGCAGCCCGACAGACGAUUAUACGGAGAUAAUACGAAAACUUCCAGUCUAUCUGAAAUUAGCCUAUGGCACAGGUCAUGUAUUGAAUGACAUUUGUGCUUCCAUGUGGUUCACGUAUCUGCUGGUGUUCUUUCAUCUGGUUCUCGGAUUUGAUCCGACUUUAGCUGGUGUUGUGCUGCUCAUUGGACAGAUAGCUGACGCCCUAGUCACUCCAUUUGUCGGCUUUCAGUCUGACAGAAAUGACAAUUUCUGGCUGUGCCGGUAUGGCAGGAGGAAAACUUGGCACUUGAUAGGCACCAUUUGCGUCCUACUAGGAUUCCCUUUUAUAUUUUCCCAAUGCAUCGGCUGUGAAUACUCGCACCAGUAUGCGCAGCUGGUUUAUUACGCUGCUUUUGUAGUAAUCUUUCAAUUUGGUUGGGCUGCGGUGCAGAUAUCACACUUGGCCUUAGUCCCUGAGCUAACACCUGCUGAACACGAGAGGACUGAACUCAUAGCUAUAAGAUUCACGUUUACCGUCUUCUCCAAUGUUCUCGUUUAUUGUAUAAUGUGGGGCGUGUUACACGUAACAAGCGACGAAUACAACUCUCAGAUUGGACCUGAUGACAUUCAUAAGUUUCAAAAAGUUGUUCUAAUUGGAAUAGCAGUUGGACUCGUAGCGUCCAUUAUAUUUCACGUUGUUGUUAAGGAAGGUGCUAAUGGCGAUUCUAAUGGUAGUUUCUUACAUAGAAACGGUAGGACAGCACUAGUACUAUUGCGAGAUGUGAGAUUGUAUCAGGUAGCUUUUGUGUAUAUGCUUACGCGACUAUUCAUUAAUUUGUGCCAGAUUUAUAUGCCUCUGUAUUUACACGAGUCACUAAAUAUGCCUGCGACUUCUUUGGCUUAUAUACCAUUGACCAUGUAUCUGAGUAGCUUUUUGACGGCUUUAAUCAUAGAGAGACUCAAUACGAAAUGGGGUCGAAAGAUUGCGUAUUCUAUUGGCGCUGUGCUCGCGAUAUGCGGUUGCAUAUGGAUACAAUUCGGUAAUGAUGAUACGUAUAUCAAGUAUCAGAUCUAUGCUGUUGCUGUAUUGUUAGGUUCUGCUGGUGCAAUAAUGCUGGUGACCAGUCUCGGUAUCACUUCGGAUCUGAUAGGGAAAAAUACCGAGAGUGGUGCUUUUGCAUACGGAAUGAUGAGUUUUACGGACAAACUAAGUAAUGGUUUGGUAGUUAUGCUCAUUCAGUACUUGGUGAAACACUUGUCGUCCGGUUAUGCUAGCUAUUAUUAUAAGAAUAUUCUCACAUAUGUUUGCGGCGUGUCCGCGGUCUUCGCUAUGCUGAUGAUUCUAUAUAUCAAACCGUUCGAACGUGUUACGGUCUUCGAUACUUUACAUAAUGAUGACGACGAGGGUUUUAUAGAAACUCCAAAUCGGAUCGAUGGAAAUUCAAUGGACCAAUAAUCGCAAACUGAUACAUUAUGUAUGCUGAUAUAGAGCAAAUAUUUUAGCACAAAAUAUGUAAGAUACAAAGAUAUAUUGAUAUAUUUAUUUAAAAAAAAGAAGAAAAUAAGCAAUGUAUGUGUGUUGUUAUGCGCACACUAUAUGUGAUAGAUAUUGAGAACUAUUAUUUUUUUUACUCGAGAGAUUUACUAUAUUGAUAUUAAUACAA